GUAAUUCUCGAAACUAGAAAAUUAGUAGGUGUAUUUGGUUUAGAACUUUACCUAUAACUUUUUAUAGUUUUGAUUAUUAAAACAUGAACUAAUACUAAACGGUUUUGUAACUUUGCUCUUGAAUAGUAAAGAAAUGCAGAGGAGAUUAAUUCAUAUAGUUUUAUCAUUUUGUUCAAUUUUACAUAACAUACUUGGAUUUAAUGGAUUAGAACCACCAAUUAAUAGUUUACAAUUGCCACCAUGCAAGGCGUGUAAAACUUUUGUAGAAUCUUUUCAUAAGGGAUUAGAGAGAACAUCAAAAUACAAAUAUGAAGGAGGAGACACUGCUUGGGAAGAGGAGAAAUUGGGUACAUAUGCAACCAGUGAAGUUCGCUUUGUAGAAAUUCAAGAAAAAUUAUGUUCAGAGGUUCAUAAUGGCAAAGAUCAAUGUUAUAAACUGCUAGAAGAGUAUGAAGAUACUCUUGAAGAAUGGUGGUUUGACAAACAAUCUUUUGAACCAGACCUAUUCAAUUAUUUAUGUGUUAAAUCCUAUCAGGUUUGUUGCCCCGACUUGCAUUAUGGGAAAGACUGCCAACCUUGUCCCGGAUUCCCUGAUAAUGUAUGCAGCAAUAAUGGAAAAUGCAAAGGAGCCGGAACUAGGAAGGGAAAUGGUCAAUGCCAAUGUGAAGAAGGUUAUACUGGAGAUAACUGUAAUACAUGCAAUACAACUCAUUAUAUUGUAUACCAAGAUGAGAAGAAAGUUUUAUGUGCUCCAUGUCAUAUAUCUUGCGCAGAUGGAUGUACAAAACAGGGGCCUGAUGGUUGUAACUCAUGCAGGCCUGGUUGGACGCAAGACUCAGAAAAGACUUGUAGAGAUAUAAAUGAAUGUGCUGCAGAGAAAAGUCCAUGUACUCCUUUACAAUUUUGUGUUAACAUGGAAGGAAGUUACACAUGUAUGGACUGUGAUAAAUCAUGUGGUGGCUGUACUGGAAAUGGUCCAGAUAUGUGUAUAAAUUGUGCCCGAGGAUUCUACAAAAAGGAUAAUGUUUGUGUAGAUCAAGCUGAAGAAAAACGUAGAACGAUAGUUUCCUUUUCAAGGUAUUUUACAUACUUAGGUCUAUGCGUAGCAACAUGUAUCAUAUUCCCAAGAAACAGUUACAUAGCAGCUGUAGUAGGGCUUGCUGUAGCCUGUUAUAUAACAGUAUCUGAAUAUACCCUAAACUCCACUCAUACCAUUCAGACUUCUGGUGUAGAACAACAAGUAUCAGAGAAUGUUUUGAAAGCGAUAACUGGAGAGAACUAAACUUUUUGUUUCUUGAUUUAAUAUUGGGAAAACCGGUGACCUCAAACAUUAUUUUGUGAUAUAUUAAUAAAGUUAUGUUAGACUUUUUGACUAUUGAUGUUUAUAUUAUUUUUAACAUUGUCAAAAUUACAAUCAUCAAUAUUAUUUGUUGGUCAUUGACAUUUUAGGCGAAUUUAAGAUUAUGAUUACAAAUGACCGACAUUGAACAAUAUUUCUCUACUAUUCAUGUACAAAGCAUUGGAAAUUAAACUAUUCAUU